AUGGACCGUCGCAUUCUCAACAAUAAAGUCGGCAACAGAGUGAGGUGGGCGAUACACGACGAGGAAGGCGAAUUCCUUGGGUGGAAAUCUGGAACACAGCCAUUAAUCAAGAUGUUUCACUGGAUGAAUUUGUGGAUUCUCUGCCCAGUCGAAGUCGUCAAAGAAAUACACCAGAGCGAUGUACCUUGGAUCACGGCAAAUUUGAUGACGAUGAGUCCCUAA